AUGUUCGUCUCCGACGUGUACAGACCUGCGCCACCUUCUUUGGGCGCUGGGCCGUGCUGCGAGCAGCGAGCCUCCAAGAGGGUGCCGCGCAGGAGCCUGGGCGGGAGGAGUGCAUGCCUGUUUUUGCCGCUACUUCGGCUGCGUGGCCCUCUAAGGAGGAGGGCAUCUAGCCAGGCGA